CCCCUUUUCCGUCUCCGGCGGAAGCCCCUCCCUGUUAGCCGUUAGCCGUUAGCUGUGUCACCGGACGACCGGAGGAGAGUCCUCGGUACCGGAGGGUAAAUCACGGAGCAGAGGCGGGAAUGAUCCCGGGGGAGCACGGCAGAGGCUCGCGCUGACCGGACAGCUUCUUCACGUGACGUCACGGUGCGUUAGGAAGCGUAAAAACUGAAUCUGGUCCUCCGUCUGCGGCUAGUCUCUCCUUUAUUUACUGGAGAAAACGGGACCAAACACCGCAGAAACAUCAACCGUUUGACGACCAUGAAAUCAUUCGCUGCUCGCCCUCGCCGUUAGACCGAGAGAGAGAGAGAGAGAGAGAGAGAGAGACAGGAUGGGGUUCGGUCGGGAUCUGAAGAAUUCCCACGAGGGAUUACUGAAGCUACAGGACUGGGAGUUAAAGCUGCUGGAGACGGUGAAACGUUUCAUGACGCUGCGAGUAAAGAGCGAUAAAGAGUAUGCCGCCCUGCUGCUCAGCAUGACUCAGCAAACUGAGAAACAGGAAGCAGCUGAUUACGUCAGCACUGUGAGCAAGUCGUGGUGUCAGGUGGUGCGCCAGACGGAGGCGUUGGGCCGGGUCAUGCGGAGUCACGCUGACGAUCUGAACUCCGGGCCGCUGCACCGAUUGGCCACGCUCAUCAGAGACAAGCAGCAGGUGAAGAAGAGCUACCAGAGUCUUCAUCACCAGCUGGAGAGCCACAACCACAAGGUUACCAGGAGUGACCUGGACAAAAUGAAGGCCACGUAUCGUCAGCUGAGCCGCGACGCUAACAACGCCAAAGAGAAGUACCUCGAGGCGCUGGCCAAAGGCAGGGAGGCGGAGCGAGCCCGGGAGCGUUACGACAAAGCGACGGCGAAGCUCCACAACCUCCACAACCAGUACGUGUUGGCGGUCUGUGGCGCCCGCACGCAGCAGGACGAACACCGGCGCCGCGCUGCUCCAGCCCUGCUCGACGCUCUGCAGAGGAUGCAGGAGGACAUGACGCUCGCCCUUAAAAGCAUCCUCCAGGAGUACUGUGAGAUCAGCAGUCUGCUGACGGAGGAGAUAGUUAAAGUUCAUCAGGAGAUUUCGGCGGCCGUGGAGCAGAUCGACCAGCUGGCUGAGUACCAACACUUCAUCGACGCCUACAGGUCUCCGGAGACUCCCGAGGCGAGCGUGGAGUUUGACGCGUCCCUAUUGGACGAGACGGACAACCUGCCGGCUGGCGAGAUCCUCUGGAACACGCUGACGGCCGACAGCCUGCAGGCUAUGUUGUCGUCGGCGACCGAGGAGCUGUCGCUGACUCAGCAGAAUCUGAGGACGAAGGAGGCGCUGGCCGACGACCUCGACACCAAAAUACAGACCAGUCAACAGAGCACAGAGAGGAAGAGCGACUGUGUCCUGCUGCUCAGUCAGAAACUCUCUCUCCUCGAGCUUCAUCACGCCGUCCAAUCACUGCGCGGCUCUGAGGCCCGCCUGGCCUCCCAGAAGGCCCUGCUGGACGCCAAGAUGGCGGACGCCGCCACCACUCCGCCCCCGCCCCCAACUCCCCCAGCGCUGCCGUACGAAGACGACUCGCGCUCCGUCGGAUCCACGGAUAAAACUAAGGACAGGAGUUCUCGGUUCGACACUCUGCGUCAUCUUGCCGGAAUGAUCCGGUCUCCUAAAGCCAUGCUGGGCUCCUCCACCUCGCAGUUCUUCGAUGUGAUCCCGACCUCGGAGCGCCCGCUGGCCGACCAGGAGUGGUACCACGGCGCCAUCCCCCGCACCGAGGCACAGGAGUUGCUACGGCAACAGGGAGAGUUCCUGGUGAGGGAGAGUCACGGCAAACCGGGAGAGUACGUCCUGUCAGUGUUUUCAGACGAGCAGAGGAGACACUUCAUCAUCCAGUACGCUGAUAGCCAGUACCGGUUUGAAGGGACGGGCUUCUCCACCAUACCUCAGCUCAUCGAGCAUCAUUUCUCCACCAAACAAGUCAUCACCAAGAAGUCUGGCGUCGUGCUGCUCAACCCCGUCGUCAAGGAUAAGAAAUGGAUCCUGAACCAUGAGGACGUGGUGCUGGGGGAGCUGCUGGGAAAGGGGAACUUUGGCGAGGUGUUCAAAGGGACGCUGCAACGCGACAAAAUGGCGGUCGCCGUCAAAACGUGUAAAGAAGACUUACCUCCAGAGCUGAAGAUACGGUUCCUCUCUGAGGCCAGGAUCCUGAAGCAGUACGACCAUCCGAACAUCGUGAAGCUGAUUGGAGUUUGUACGCAGAGACAGCCGAUCUACAUCGUCAUGGAGCUGGUUCCUGGAGGAGACUUCCUGUCGUUUCUCAGGAAGAAGAAGGACGAGUUAAAGACGAAGCAGCUGGUUCGGUUCUCUGUGGACGCUGCUGCCGGCAUGGCCUACCUGGAGAGCAAGAACUGUAUCCACAGGGACCUAGCAGCGAGGAACUGUCUGGUGGGAGAGGGCAGCGUGUUGAAGAUCAGUGAUUUUGGGAUGAGUCGUCAGGAGGACGACGGCAUUUAUUCUUCUUCUGGACUCAAACAGAUCCCCAUCAAAUGGACCGCUCCAGAGGCCCUCAACUACGGGCGCUACAGCUCUGACAGUGAUGUGUGGAGUUACGGCAUCCUGCUGUGGGAGACCUUCAGUUUGGGGGUGUGUCCUUACCCGGGGAUGACCAAUCAGCAGGCCCGGGAGCAGGUGGAGAAAGGUUACAGGAUGGCGUGUCCCCAGCGUUGCCCUGACGACGUGUAUAAAGUGAUGCAGCGCUGCUGGCAGUAUAACCCCGAGGAGCGGCCCAAGUUCUCCGAGCUGCAAAGAGACCUCGCCGCCAUCAAGAAGAAGUGAUGCAUCAUGGGGGCGUGGUCGAUGACA